AUGGCAUCACACUCGCUCGAACCGCCCCUGCCCUCGCCGUCCGCGUUCCCCUCGCUCUCGCCAGACACUCCCUCGCACACCGCACCCGUACAGCCCUCGAUCUCGUACGCGAAGGCAUCAAAGAGCGUCCUGCCACCGACAAAAGCACCAGAAGGGAUCUCGCUGCCCCCGCCGCCGCACAGCAACGCUCCUGGGACGGGUGAAGCAGGAGCGACGUCAGGGUCCGCGCACGAGCGGAGGCCGCACUCGAGCAAGGAGCGUCUCCAGCCCAGCCAGAACGGCAAACACUCGCCGUAUGCACGGCCGAACCCGGCGGGCGCGGGAAAGGGCGUGAAGAAGGGUCCUGCAGCGGGCGCAAAGGGUGGAAAGGGUCCGGCUGGAAAGGCCAAGCCUGCGGUGGGAGCGAACGGUGCUGCGACGGAGGAGGCGAACGGCGUCAAGCAGCCGCGGACGCAUGUCCCGGGAAUGCCGGCGUCGAUGCUGCCCGUCGCAAAGAAGUCGGGUUCUUCGCACGGCCGCAAGUCGUCGACCUCUUCGCCGGCUGCGAACGGCACGGCAGCGCCCACAGCGACCGGAGACGUACCCGCGAUUGGCAAGAAGCGCCGCCAAUCGCUCCGCAAGGUCCUCCCGCCCACCUCAUCCAAAUUGUCCGCCCUCGCCCCGACUUUCGAGUUUGCCCCUCGCGCAACCGCAUCCUCUUCUACCGCACUCGACUCGUCUUCUUCCGGCCACUCGUCUGAAGCGGAAGGCGAUGCGCAGUCCCGUCCGAAGGACGAGACCGACUUGCUCUCCACCUCGGAAGAGGCCGCGAUCAACGAGACCGUCUCGUCUGCCGGUGCGCAGGGCGACGCCUUCGUCGCCAAAUCGUUCUCGCAGGCGGAUGCAGAGGGCGCGGACGUGGUUGCCGGAACGAGCGCGAGCGAGCAGAGCGCCAAGCCGAGCGAUGCAAAGGCUGCUGCGCUCAAGACGGCGAGCGAAGUGGAGGGCCAGGAGAAGGAGGAGAUUCCGGCUGAGCCAGCGCAGGAGCGCUCGUUCGGCGCGCUUCUCCCCUCGGCUUUCAUCAACACCGACGGAACCGCUUUCGCGCCUCUUUCCGAUUUGGAGGAUGCGGAGCCCGCUCCUCCCGCUGUCGAGCAAGUCAAGACGGAGCGCAUCUCGGGCGCUGUGCAGGAGAGCCCUGUCGCCGACAUCUCAUGGCGCGAGAGGCAGGGCUGGUGGAACAACGACUUUGACGCCUCGAUCGCUUCGACUUCGUCCUCGAUACCUGCGGAGGACCCGAAGCCUGAAGAGGCUGGACCGGCGGCUGUCGAGCCAGCACGCUCGCAGGACUCGGCGUCCGAGACGCUCCUUCGCUUCCCGCCUUGGACGCCCGAGCCGCCUUCGACGCCCGAAGCGACUCAGCGCGUCCGCGACGUAGCAGAAGUCCGGUCUGCCACGCCGCUCGGGACGUUCCUCAACUCGGCUUUCGUUGCUGACGACCCGAAGAACACUUCGGACGUGCCAACUUCGGUCGAGGAGAUCGUCGCCUCGUCCGCUGCCUCUUCGCCUCCGUCCAUCUCGAUGCCCGCCCCGACUCCCCUCUCCUCCUUCCUCUCUUCCUCCUUCUCGAACCCGACUACGCCUUCCGCACUCGAGUCCUUCGAGCCGCAAGCCGAGCUCGCAGCCGAACGCCUCGCGAAAAUCGAUGCCCUCCCGCCUUCGAAGCGACCCGAGAUCGACUUCCCCAUCUCGGCUGAGGAGGUUGCUGCACAGCCUAGUCUGGACGACGUUCUUGACGUUGACGGUAUCGAGGAUGGGAAGGUCGUGGUUGAGGGUGAGGAGAAGAAGUCGAAGGAAGAGAAGUACGGCUGGUGGUCGCCCGACUUCGACCCGUCUCGCUCGUCUGCGUCAGGGUCGAAGGACCUCGUCGACGAGCAGAAGAUCAAGGAGACGGUCCAGUCGGCCGGUGCGCAGGGCGACGAGUUCCGCGGCAAGACGUUCGAGCAGGCGGAUCGGGAGGGUGAGGUCGAGAGUGCGCCGGUUGAGCCGGCGAAGCAGUCGGCUGGAGUGGCGAAGGAGGAAAAGACAUCGGUCGGCAAGGCGGAACAGGAGGAGCGUGAUGGUUCGCGGACGCCGCUGGGAGAGUAUCUCGGACAGGCAUUCUCGUCUGCGCCUUCGGCUUCUUCAACAUCUGCGCCCGCUCCCACGGCUUCAACUUCCGCUGCUUCGACUUCGACUCCCGCGCCGGUCGCACGCGAAGACUCCUCGACUCCAACCACCACCGCGCCCGCCCUCUCCCGCCGCCGCUCAUCCUCCCCUCCUCCUCCGCCUGGCAAGUCGAACAACGCCGACGACGCGCCUUCCCUCACGCUCGCUCUCGCAUCUGCUUGGCACACCGCGCCGUGGACGAGGAAGAUCUGGGCAGUCCUCGCAAGUCUGGCCAUCAAUGUUGGGCUGCCGUUCGUGAACGGCGUUAUGCUCGGCUUCGGCGAGCUCUUCGCCCGCAACGUCCUCGGCGUCCGACUCGGCUGGCCUCUCGCUUCGUCGUCUUCUUCCACCUCGACUCGCGUCAACACCUCUUCCGUCGGACUUCGCGCCGCAGGACGCACGAACCCCAACAUCGGACACGAGGUGCCCGGUCACGCUGGUGCGAAGACGGUCGCGGAAGCUGCUGGUGAGGCCGUGCGCGAGGCGGCCGAGUAG